UAUGGUCAGGAGAUUGCAAUAUUGUGUUUUGUUGAUUGAAAAUAUUGAAAAAAUAAAAUAAUAUUAAGCUCACCAUGCCACUGUAUGUAAGCUGUGGUUGUUGUUUUUUGUUUUAGCUGUGUUGAAUAUAGCAAUAGAGCGCCCCGUUAUUCGUGCAUGUUCGGGGAAUUCGCUUGCUAACUCUGUUGCUUGAAUAAUGGCUGCACAGGAGACAUCCCCACCAUCUUCGUUGGAAGGCAACAAACCAGGGUUCCCCCAAAAAAUAUUGGCAAACAAUCUCGAAGAUAAGCAUUUGUGUAAUUCCUGUCUUAAAAUAUUGAGAAGGCCUUUGCAAGCCCAAUGCGGUCAUCGCUAUUGUUUAUAUUGUUUCAAUAAAAUUGUGAGUUCUGGACCACAGGAAUGCAAUUCUUGCAUAAAGGAAGACUUGUUUGAGGAUCCAACAUCCAUACUCAAGCAAGGCGGUGCUUUUCCAGAUAAUGCAGCUCGCAGAGAAGUAGAGGCCCUGUCAGCUGUUUGUCCAAACGAGGGAUGCACUUGGACAGGCAACAUUAAAGAAUAUGAGCUGAACCAUGAGGGCAAGUGUGACUUCAUGAUCAUCCUCUGUCACUCAUGUAAAGAGCUCAUGAGGUCUAAUGAACUGGAGCGCCACAAUGACCGCGAAUGUCCAGAGAGGACUCUCAACUGCAAGUACUGCAAGGAACCUUUUCAUUUCAAAAACAUAAAGGCUCAUGAUCAAAUUUGUCCAAAGUACCCCAUGAUUUGUGAAGGCUGCGCAAAGAAAAAGAUACCCAGAGAAAAGUACAUGGACCAUAUUAAGUUCUGCAGUAAAUUCAGAGCACCUUGCAGAUUUCAUGUUGUUGGCUGCGAUAUGUCUGUGGAAAAGGAGAAGAUCAACGACCACGAACGUGCAUGUUCUUACGAACACUUGAACAUGCUCUUGCACUUCAUCAUGGGCAUCAAGGUUAGCCUGGAGAGCUUGCAGCCUCAGACUCUAGAGGUGGCCAGUCACAAGCUCCACGAGCUGCACGAGUCUCUAAGGGAACUGGAGUCCAAGCUGGGUGAGCUGAGUGGGGGCAACCCUGUGCAGGGAGCCUGCGCCCCCGCCCUGGGCACCUCAUUUACUCCGCUGCCUAGCGCUGUGGGUGCAGCACUGGAGUUACAGCUUCACAGUGAGAAGACCAAGGUGGCAGAGCUCAGCCGGAGGUGCCAGGAGUUGGAGCUGAAAGUGGGCACCUUUGAGAACAUUGUGUGCGUCCUCAACCGAGAGAUGGAGCGCUCCUGCACCAACAUGGAGGCCUACAAUCGUCAACAUCGCUUGGACCAGGACAAGAUCGAGAUCCUCAACAACAAGGUGCGUCAGCUGGAGAGGACGGUAGGCUUGAGGGACCUAUCCAUCGUGGAGAUGGAGGGGAAGAUGAGGGAGAUGUCCGCAGCCACUUUCGAUGGUAUCUUUGUCUGGAAGAUCUCUGACUUCACUAAGAAGAGACAGGAUGCUGUGGCUGGACGGGCGCCGGCAAUGUUCUCUCCAGCGUUCUACACCAGUAAGUAUGGCUACAAGAUGUGUCUGCGCAUCUACCUGAAUGGAGAUGGGACAGGCCGGAGUAGUCACUUAUCUUUGUUCUUUGUGGUGAUGAGGGGACACAGUGAUGCUCUCCUCAAGUGGCCCUUCAACCAGAAGGUAACCCUUAUGCUAUUGGACCAGAACAACCGAGAACACAUCAUUGAUGCCUUCAGGCCCGACAUCUCCUCGUCCUCCUUCCAGAGGCCGGUCAGUGACAUGAACAUUGCCAGUGGCUGCCCACUUUUCUGCCCACUCUCCAAACUGGACUCCAAAAACUCGUACAUCCGUGAUGACACCAUAUUCAUCAAGGCUAUUGUAGACCUUACUGGGCUGUAAUUGGAAUUUUAGCUGUUACUAUCAAUCAGUGUGGUGUAAGAUUUUCAGAUUUUUUUGCUAUGCCCUGCCAUUCUAGGUAUUUUGUUUAGGUGUGGAUUGUCAUUUAAGAGAACAUCACAAACAGCACUGAACACUAAUCUUGAUAAAGGUUAGUGGUAUGACUAAUGGUGUGCUUCUUAGGAAAUGUGAAGUGUGGUGUUUUUUCUCAAGUUUGUUGGAUAACUGUUUGCUGUGGUAAUUAUGCUACUUUAUCAACUUCUGGCACUUUACCUUUUUAGAUAUUAAACAGAACUAUAAUUAUCUCAUUAUCCUGGUGCUAGGUGCUUGUGUAGCUGUAAUGUUUGGUGCUUGAUAACUAGUGAACCUUUCAGUUGUCUUUAUGCACCUCACAUAGACUUAUGUGAGUCCCAACAAUAUCGGUCAGUGACCACAAGUUUUCCUUUUGGCUAUUAGGCAGCUUGGCUCACUAUUCCAGUAUUGUCAAGAGUAGGCAUUUACUUUUGUUAUAAAGCUUGUGAGAUUUCUAAACAUUAUUGUGUCUCUGAUCUCAAGUCCCGUGUUCAUGAUUGGUACA